CAAGCAGACAUGUGGGGAGAGAGAGGGAGAAACCACUCUCUCCAAGUCACUACCUUGCAACUGUUCUCCAACUUCUGUUCGAAGUUCUCUUUGUCGUGACUGACUCGAAGCAACUUCUUUCAGAAGAUGACCCAAAAGAAACCACUAUAUAUUUCAUGUAAUUCUCUUCUUCAUUCUCGCGCAUUACUCUCCUAAAUCUGUAUUUCUAACUGAAGAGAGAAAAACCACAUUAAGGUGGUCUUGAUUUUUGCUUUGAUCAAGGCCUGACAGAAGGAAAAAGAAAAGGAAUGGAGACAAAAAGAAGGGAAAAGGAAACAGUUGUAACUCAAGUUAGUUUUGGUGGAUUUGACAAGGAUGUUACAGCAAGAGAUCUUGUGGCAUAUUUGGAUAAUGAGAUUGGGCAAGUUUGGCGCUGUAGAUUGAAGACAUCUUGGACUCCUCCAGAGUCCUAUCCAAAUUUUGAGAUAACUGACACUGCAGUCAUCCAAAGAGUAGAUGCCUAUAGGAGGGUAGAACCGCAUGCCUUCGUGCAUUUUGCCUCACCCGACUCGGCUACUUGGGCUAAGAAUGCUGCAGGUCACUGUGAGCUUUUCUUUAAUGGCAGGCCAGUGAAGGUUAGUCUGGGGCCUGAAAAUCCUUUUCACUUGAAUCAGAGGAGGAGAACAACAAUUCCAUUUAAAUUGUCUGAUGUACAUGUUGAAAUUGGAACCUUGGUUAGUCGUGAUGAGUUCCUGGUUGGUUGGAGAGGACCUCCUUCUGGAGUUGAUUUUCUUGUGGAUCCUUUUGAUGGGAAGUGCAAGUUUUGUUUCACAAGGGACACUGCCUUCUCUUUCAAAGGCACAACUGAGCAUGCUGUGAUAAGAUGUGAUUUUAAAUUGGAGUUCCUGGUGAGAGACAUUAAUGAGAUAAAACAGUAUACAGACACCUCAUGUCUGGUUAUCCUGUUGCAGCUGGCUUCCGCACCUUCGGUCUGGUAUAGAACUGCUGAUGAUGACAUUGAAGUCUUAGUUCCCUUUGAUUUGCUGGAUGAUGAUGAUCCUUGGAUCCGGACCACUGAUUUUACACCUAGCGGGGCCAUUGGUCGGUGUAACUCUUACCGAGUUUCAAUCCCCCCUCGCCAUGGUGCAAAGUUAAAGAGGGCUUUGAACUUUCUAAGAGAACGGAGGGUACAGGAGGAUUGCCUUAGGCGACCCCUCCAUGUCACCGCUGAACCAGAGUAUGAGAUGCCUAUGUCAGAUCCUUUCUUUUGUAUUCAUCACGAGGAAGGGGUAGAUUUUAAUUUAAUGUUCCUAGUGAAUGCUGUCAUGCAUAAAGGAAUAUUUAAUCAACAUCAACUCUCUGACAGUUUCUUUGAUUUACUGAGAAACCAGCCACUGGAUGUUAAUAUAGCUGCAUUGAGACAUAUCUGUUCCUAUAAGCACCCUGUGUUCGAUGCUCAUAAGAGGCUGAAAGCUGUCCAACAGUGGUUGCUGAAGAAUCCCAAACUCUUUAGGAGCUCCAAACAGCUUGAUGACAUUGUAGAAAUUAGGCGGUUGGCUAUUACUCCAACCAGAGCCUAUUGCCUUCCACCUGAAGUAGAACUCUCCAACAGAGUUUUGAGAAGAUACAAAGAUAUUGCUGAUCAAUUCCUAAGAGUUACCUUCAUGGAUGAGGGUUUGCAGACAAUGAACGCGAACACUCUCACUUAUUACUGUGCCCCUAUAGUAAGAGACAUUACCUCUAACUCUUUCUCGCAGAAGACAAGAAUCUUCAAAAGGGUGAAGAGUAUUCUGACUGAUGGAUUUUACUUGUGUGGUCGGAAGUAUUCUUUUCUCGCGUUCUCUUCCAAUCAAUUAAGGGAUCGAUCUGCAUGGUUUUUUGCUGAAGAUGGAAAAACUAGUGUUAGCAAAAUCAGAAAUUGGAUGGGGAAGUUUACCAACAGGAAUAUUGCAAAAUGUGCUGCUAGGAUGGGCCAGUGUUUCUCCUCUACUUAUGCAACUGUAGAAGUUCCAUCAGCAGAGGCUAUUCUUGAUCUUCCAGAUAUUGAGAGGAACAAUUACAUUUUCUCUGAUGGCAUUGGCAUGAUAACUCCAGAUCUUGCAAAGGAAGUUGCAGAAAAACUGAAGUUGGAGGUUAAUCCACCAUGCGCUUACCAGAUCAGGUAUGCUGGAUGUAAAGGAGUUGUAGCCUGCUGGCCAGCACAUAUUGAUGGAAUACGCCUGUCUUUGAGGGUCAGCAUGAACAAGUUCCACUCAAACCACACCACCUUGGAGAUAUGCUCUUGGACUAGAUUUCAGCCUGGUUUCUUAAACAGGCAGAUAAUCACACUGCUUUCCACAUUGGAUGUUCCAGAUGAGAUAUUCUGGAAAAUGCAGAUCGUUAUGGUCUCCAAACUAAAUCAGAUGUUCAUGGAUGCUGAUGUAGCAUUUGAUGUUGUUACUGCAUCUUGUGCUGAGCAAGGCAACACUGCAGCAAUAAUGUUGAGUGCAGGUUUCAAUCCUAAAACAGAACCUCAUUUAUGUGGAAUGCUAACUUGUAUAAGAGCUGCACAGCUUUGGGGUCUUCGAGAAAAGACUAGAAUCUUUGUUCCCUCAGGGAGAUGGUUGAUGGGCUGCUUGGAUGAGCUAGGGGUGCUUGAACAUGGCCAAUGUUUUAUCCAAGUGUCCAAUCCCUCCUUGGAGAGCUGUUUCUGGAAGCAUGGCUCACGGUUUAGUGAAAGCAAAAAAAAGCUGCAAGUAGUCAAGGGGACUGUUGUGGUAGCUAAGAAUCCUUGUCUUCAUCCAGGAGAUAUAAGGAUCUUGGAAGCAGUUGAUGCUCCUGAACUACACCAUUUGCAUGAUUGCCUAGUCUUUCCACAGAAGGGUGACAGACCUCACACAAAUGAAGCUUCUGGAAGUGACCUUGAUGGGGAUCUUUACUUUGUGACUUGGGAUGAAAACCUUAUUCCUCCAAGUAAGAGAAGCUGGCUCCCGAUGCAGUAUGACGCUGCUGAAGCCAAGCAGCUAAAUCGCCCCGUCAAUCAUCAGGAUAUUAUAGAUUUUUUUGCAAAGAACAUGGUGAAUGAGAAUUUAGGGGCAAUCUGUAAUGCUCAUGUCGUUCAUGCUGAUUUGAGUGAAUAUGGAGCUUUGGAUGAGAAUUGCAUAAAACUGGCGGAGUUAGCAGCCACAGCUGUUGACUUCCCCAAGACUGGGAAGCUUGUAACUAUGCCACCACACCUGAAACCCAAACUCUAUCCAGAUUUUAUGGGGAAGGAGGAUUAUCAGUCCUACAACUCAAACAAAAUUUUGGGAAGACUCUAUCGUCAGGUUAAAGAUGAUUAUAAUGAUGAUGAUGAUGAUGAUGAUGAUGCAGCUACAUCCUCUGAGCUCAAUCUUGUUCGUGGUGAUAUCCCUUAUGAUAAAGACCUGGAGGUGUCUGGAUCUUCGGAUUACAUUCUUGAUGCCUGGGAUCAAAAGUGCUCCUAUGAUGGUCAGCUGAAAGGUCUUCUUGCACAGUAUAAAGUGAAAAGAGAAGAGGAAGUGGUGACUGGUCAUAUUUGGUCCAUGCCAAAAUGCAACAGCAGGAAACAAGGGGAGCUAAAAGAGAGGCUCAAGCAAUCUUAUCAUUCACUUAAGAAAGAGUUUAGACAAGUUUUUGAGAAGAUGGAUUCGGAUUUUGAGCAACUCACAGAAGAUGAGAAGAACUUGCUUUAUGAGCAAAAGGCUUCAGCAUGGUACCAGGUUGCUUACCAUCCGAAAUGGGUAAAUAAGUCAAUGGAGUUGCAGGAGCCUGAUGCUGCUGGCUGUGCAUCAAUGUUGAGCUUUGCUUGGAUUGCAGCUGAUUAUCUUGCUCGGAUUAAGAUUAGGUGCAGAGGAUUUGACGGUGUUGACACCUCUAAGCCCGUCAACUCACUGGUGAAGUACCUUGCUGAUCGGAUCUAACCAGAAUCUGAAGCCUUAGCUUUUGUGGCUGUGCCGUACUUUCUGGCUGCAAGUCCACUCUGCCAUUAUUAACAGUAUAUUGUCUUUUAUGAAAGUUAUGUGUGAUACUGGAUUGUAAGUUGCUUAGCAUUAACGUAGUUAAUAGUUUUGCAACAUUGUAAGAAAAGUCAUUAUGGAAUGUGCAUGUUUUCUUCUCUAUUCGGAAUAAAUAAUAAGGUUUUGUUUA